CUAAACUUGAGCCAAACUUUACUCCCAGUGCGCCAGUCUGUUACAUUGAAUCACAUCGCGCUCCCAGCUGGACAAACAUCAAACUUUUGCGCGUUUUCUCACUUUAUUAACGGACCCAUUUACACGAGGAUUUACCGAUGACAAUUUAUAUCCUCUGUACGGUGGAGGUGGAUCAGUAAAACCAGGGAGUGUGUGAUGGAGCUUCCGUCUGGACUCCUGGAGGCCUGUGUGGUGGUGGGAGCCUCCAGUGAUAAACUCCGGGACAUUUACCAGAUUGUUCAGCAGAGUAAAUCCAGUGAGUUCCCCUCUCUGGAAGCUGAAGUGCUACAGGUUCAUGCCCCUCCAUUUGUGUCCAAGGAGACAAACUCCAGCCAGCCAGCGUUCAGUCGUGUGCAAAGACGAAAGAGUUUCAUUAAGAAGAAAAGGCGUGAACGAACAGAAACUGUGUCUAAUGGAGAAUCUUCAAAUCGAGCUGAAGUUUCUUCGGUAACGGAGGACAUCAGCGUUCCCAAAGACCUCGAUCUCAUUGCUUUACCUCAGCUGUGUUUUCCAGGUGGUCUUCAAUUGGCCAGUGAGCAAAAAGAAGACACUUACCACUUCCUGGUUUUUACCGACUUGUUUGGAAACCGAACCCAUGGAGUGGUGGCUCAGUACUACAGGGCUGUACAGGCUUGUCAGGAGAAUGGUCACAGAUGGAAUUCAACCAAACAUCGUCUUUUCACUCCCUUUGCAAUCUGUGUCAUCUCCAAGUUCCCCUAUUACAACGCUCUGAGAGACUGUUUAUCAUGUCUUCUGGUCCAGCUGCGGCCGGCCCGACAGUCAGAUUUUGAAGAGAAAAUCAAAGAGUUUUCUGCAAAAUUAUCACUAGUCCCAUUACCGCCUCCAGGACAGCUCCAUGUGUCGUUCAACCUUCAACCUCUCCAAGUGGUCCUUCCGUCCAGAGAGGAUCAGGACAGUCCUGUUAUAGACCUUGACCUCCAUCUUCCUUUUCUUUGUUUUUCUCAUGCAACUUUACUGCAGAUCCUCUCCUGCCUCCUUCAAGAACAAAGGAUGGUUUUCUUCUCCUCUGACUGGUCCAGAUUAACUCUAGUGGCUGAAAGUCUACUCAUAUAUCUGCAGCCUCUGUCCUGGCAGCAGCCCUAUGUCCCUGUACUGGCCAGGGGAAUGCUGGAUUUCCUCAUGGCUCCCACUGCUUUUCUUAUGGGCUGUCACGUCUGUCAUUUUGAAGAAGUGGCUGCAGAGACAGAGGACCUCAUCUUGGUGAAUGUCGAUGAGGGCGUGAUUCAGUCAUCCUGGUCUGACAGCAUUGAACUCCCAGCUGUCCCUUUGCACGCUGCCGAGAGCUUUAUUUCAAGAGUGGAGAGUCUUCAGAUUCACUAUGAUUUAGAGCUGUGCCAUCUUGGAUCAGGGACAGACGUGAACGUGAUAAGGACCCAGCGCAGAGACUGGCUGCGGAGACUCAACACUCAGAUACAAAACAUCGCACUCGAGCUGGUUGUCAACAUCUUCAAGGGUGUCCAGGACUUCCUUAACCAUGAGCACAGAGUUUUCAACAGUGAAGAGUUUCUUAGGACCCGUGAACCAGCCGACCAACUAUUUUACAAGAAGGUCUUAGAAACCCAUAUCUUCCACUCGUUCUUGCGGGACAGGCUGAACAGGAAGAGCGACACCUACAGUCGAAUGGAGCAGAGCAUGCGUAACCAUGCCCACAGAAACCGCGCCAUGACCGAGACCCCGUCACGGCGCCCCCCGAUGUCCGAACUGUCCCGCAGCGGAUACAGCAGCUACACCAGCCCCGACCACAGACUGAGCAAGAAACUGGGAGCUAGCAUGCCCAAUCUGCAACAGCCCACAGCAGACACUCUCACUGUCGUCAUCCCCUGCCGACCUGCCUCACUCAGGAAAAUGACUCCAGAUAUAGGUUUAAAAUUUCAAAACAAGCCAGUCAAAAUGUUCAAGCUCCCAGAUUUCCCCCCUCCGUUGGCGUAUCAUUAUGUCCAAAAGUAUUAUCUAAACAUGGUCGAUGCACUGAAGAGCGCCAUCGACUCCACCCCACCUGAAGAGGCAGCACUGCUCGCCAGGUAUCACUAUUUGCGUGGUCUGGUGAACACCGUGUCGAAUCGGCCUCUUGAAGCUCUUGAAGAUUUCCAGAGUCUUUACAAAACAGACGCUGACAUCUUUCCCUCUCAAAUGGUCAAGUCUCUAGUCGACUCGCUGCCUGAGACCGAGCGCAUGCUGAUGGAAAAACGGCCUGAGAUCAAACGCCUCAUAAGCCGACUGAAACGCGACCAGGAGCGAGAGCGAGCGCAAAAUGGUAAAAGUUACGAAGACGGGACGGUGAAAAGGUUCAAACUACCCAAAACCUACAUGCACCUGGACGAGUUUGUGAAGUGUGUCCAAGAAUCCGGCAUCGUCAAAGACCAGGGCACCAUUCAGAGGCUGUUUGACGCCAUGACCGUAGGACACCAGAAACAGGUCAGUCCCGACUUGUUCCGAGUGUUUUAUACCAUCUGGAAGGAGACAGAGGCUGAAGCACAAGAGGUUUGCCUCCCUGCAUCAGUGUUGGAGCACAUUGACCCAUCUGAGUGUGUCUUUAAGCUUUCCUCCUCAGUAAAGACGAGUAGAGGAGUGGGAAAAAUCGCUAUGACCCAAAGACGCUUGUUCUUGCUCACUGACGGGCGCCCCGGGUACGUGGAGGUGGCUCAGUACAGAGACUUGGAGGAGGUGAAAGUCUCCUCUGCUCCAAUUCUGCUGUUGAGAAUUCCCAGUUUGAAGCUGAGGGUGCGGGGACGGAAAGAUGCAUUCGAGGCAAAUCUGAAAACGGAAACAGAGCUGUGGAAUCUGAUGGUGAAAGAAAUGUGGGCUGGACGGAUCAUGGCCGAUCAACAUAAGGACCCUCAGUACAUGCAGCAGGCCCUGACCAACGCUCUGCUGAUGGACGCUGUUGUGGGGAGUCUUCAGAGCAGUAAAGCCAUCUUUGCAGCUUCUAAACUGGCUCAUUUUGACCGCAUACGAAUGGAAGUGCCCAUGAUGGUUCCCACGACGACGGCAGAGACACUAAAACACAAAAUUAACCCUUCGCUGGAGCUGACGGCUACUCAUGCUGUAGAUGUUCUCCUCUACACGCCAGGGCAACUGUGGGUGUCUGUGAGCGGGGGGAAGGUGAUGGUUUUCGACGCCUCCACAUGGUCCCUCACUCACACCUGUCAAGUCGGGACCGCCAGACUGAACUGCAUGCUGGGAGUGGACACAGACCAGGUGUGGAUGGGGUCUGAGGACUCUGUGAUCUACAUCAUCAGUUUGGUGUCGAUGGUGUGUAACCGUCAGCUGACCGAGCACCGCGCCGAGGUCACCGGGCUCGCUCUGGACAUGGAUAAAUACAACCAGAAGGUGGCGUACUCCUGCAGUGUAGAGGGAACCGUUAUGCUGUGGGACAUCGCAACAUUACAAGUAAAAAAGCACUUUCGUCUGAGCUGUGAUCGUCUACAGUUUGUGACCAGUUACAAUGGGACUCUGUGGUGCUGUUCGAGGGACUGUGUGAUGGAGGUGUGGAGGAGCGGCAACAUAAGGCACCGUCUACAUUUACCCGAACAGCAAAAAGGAUCACUGGCAACUUUCAGCUCAAUUCUGCUUCUGCCUGAGAUCGAGGAGAUGUGGAGCAUUUGUUCUGAAUCUGGUGAGAUCGCGAUUUGGCACAUGAAGGACAGGAGCAGACCAUUUCACAGAGUUUUGCUGCCAGACUGCGUUGGGUGCCACUGUAUAAUCAAAGUCAAAAACCAGGUGUGGAUCGGAGGCCUGGGCCGCAGUUCAACCAAAGGAAAGAUUUAUAUCCUAGAUGCAGAGCGCCACCAAGUGUUGAAGGAGCUCCAUGGACACACAGACAGAGUGACUGGGCUGUGCUCUGCUGAGGACCGCUACGUGCUCAGUGGAGCAGCCAAACAGGAUGGAAAAAUCGCAAUAUGGAAAGUGGAGUAAAACCAUUUUUAACUCAUGAAUGUUCAACACUUUAUGAGGUCAUUUGGCCUGAGAAAAAAACUGGGAAAUACUGAAACGUUGUAUAACGUUUGAAUCUAACUCCAAUGUGAAUUUGAAAUGAAGGCUCCAUGUGAUGGUCAUGUGAAGAACAAAGAUCUGUUUACAAUAAAAUCUCCAACAGAGCAGCCUCCACCUGCUGAGCAACUCCCAGUGUAAGUCCAACACAAGGAUGACAAAACUUAUGUAAAGGUACAGUUUGUAACUUUCUGGAAGUGGCAGGUCACCCGCAUGACCCCAUGGAAACAGGAAGUUAAAACAUUACUUCGGAACAUUGUCCAUGGAGAGAAAUACGUUUUGUUCCGUAUUGUGGAAUAUUAUAGCCAAAGGAACAACCAUGGACUGUAGAUCAGGAGGAGCCAAAGAGGAGGGUUUGUGGAGAUGCAAUCCAAAAUGAAAAAAUAAAAAAAGCAAAAACCUUAUUUUAUUUUAGUAUUAUUUUGGCCAAAACAUUACAUACUGUGGCUUUAACUUUGCUGAAUAAACUAGUUCAUUUAUUUUUCAUAUUCAAACAGUGUUAUACAGGAAGUGCAUAAAAACUGAAACUGCAUGUUCUAUUGUUGCCUUUGUAUCUCUGUCUAUGAUUGUUUUGGCUGGACUCAACAUAAAGGUGCCAUUACACAAACUGGAAAAAUAUACUUUGCACAUGAAAUGACAGAUAUUAAACUUUUACUAAUGUAUAUUAAAUGUCAUAUUUUAUUAUUUUAAGUAUAACUCUUUGUAUCAUUGUAAACAUUUUAGCUUUAACAUAAACUAUAUUGUUGUAUUAUAAAUGCUAGCAAUGUAAUUCUUGUGUAAAAUAAGCGCAAGGCUACAAGUUGGUCAAUUAUUCACUACUCUCAUGUUAAAAAUUGUUUUGGACUAUUAUUAUGCUUCAAGUCAACUGUAACAAAUUUUAUUUUAAAAGCAAAAAAGUCAUACAUGUUUUACAUUAAAGUUUAUAUUUGACUGAAUUCGAUGAUUGUAAAAACUGGAUACAUGUUAUUAUAUUAUAAUCUGAUAAAAUGUAUCAACAA